AUGGCGAAGAGAGAGGAGAGGGGAUGUUCGCGUGUAUGUCACAACCAGUGGACACUAAGUAGUUUUGGAUUUAACCAUGAUCAUCCGAGAGAUUUUAUAACAUUUCAGUGGGGAUGUCCUAAACUUUUCAUUGUGUGGACCAUUUCCUGGUGUCUCCUACACGUCACCGUCCUCGCCCUGCAGCCGUAUUUCUUCCGGGAGGUCCUCCCGAACUGGGCGUGGUUCCUUUUCCUGACCAACUGGAGCUAUGUUGUGCUAGCCAUCUACUCUAUAGUGGAAUCUGUGUCUGCUAUAUAUGUGUACGUCUGCAGGAAGGACAUACUUAAGGGAGAUGCAGUUUCCACUCCUUGGUAUUUUAAGUUUCUGUGGGUUCUCUACUAUACAACAACAACCUCGGCCAUAACAGUCGCACUGCUGUAUUACUUGACAUUAGAUGAAGUGAACGAUGCCAACAGCAUACUUAAACAUUUUGUAAACUUUGUCUACGUGAUAUUGAAUCUCAUCUUGACCCGAAAACCGUAUCGUAUUUUGCAUUUUUAUAUCCCCAUGAUUUAUUCGUUUGUUUAUAUCAUAUUCACCUUAGCAUACCAAAUAGGAUUCAAGCAAGAAGCAAUUUAUCCUACAUUGGACUGGAACAAUAUUCCGAACGUCUUCCUAUAUGCUCUCGGAAUACCCCUUGUAUUUGCACCAUUAUUGACGCUUACAUUGUACACAUUGACUGUAAUAAGAGAUUCUAUUGGACUUCAAUGUGACAGGCCUUCAACAAAUGAUAUUAUGGCAAAGGAAGAAAAGAAGGGAUGCUCGCACGUGUGUUAUAACCAGUGGAAGUUAACUAGUCUUGGAUUUGACCAUGAUCAACCAAGAGAUUUUGUUACAUUUCAGUGGGGAAGUCCUAAACUUUUCAUUGCCUGGACCGUUCUAUGGGGUCUUCUUCAUAUCACAACCCUUGCUCUACAACCGUACUUCAAUCAGGAGGACUUACCCUACUGGAAAUGGUUCACUAAGCUGACCAACUGGAGUUACUCAAUCCUAGCUAUAUAUUCUAUUGUGGAAUCUGUAUCUGCUAUAUAUGUAUUCGUAUAUAGGAAGGAUAUAAUCAAGGGAGAAGCUGAAUCCACACCAUGGUAUUUACAACUUGUAUGGGUUCUAUAUUGUUUGGCAACAACCUCCGCCAUCACAGUCGGCUUGUUGUUUUAUUUGUUGUUGAAUGACGGUAACGAUGCCAGCAGCAUUCUGAAGCAUUUUAUCAAUGUUGUUUUCGUAAUUCUGAAUCUCGUUUUGACGCGAAAACCCUUUCGUAUUUUACAUUUUUAUAUUCCCAUUGCUUAUUCAUUUAUUUAUAUUCUAUUUACCUGUAUUUAUCAGAAAGGUUUCAAUCAGGAAGAGGUUUACCCUGUCCUUGACUGGAAUGAUAUUCCGAAUGUUUUCCUAUAUGCUCUCGGAAUACCUCUUUUAUUCAUACCAUUAUUAGUUUUAGUGCUAUUUAUGUUGACAUUUGUAAGAGAUACUAUAGGAAAUCAUUGUAACAAGUUAUGCCGGAAGACAGAUACUGACAUUAUUGUAUAA